UUGAACAUACUGCUCGCGUUCCGUGUCCAUGUGUGCAUGAUGCAGCAGUGUGUAGAUCGGUGUCGCGUGUUGCUUUUGCGUAUUCCGACCAAGCAAAAGUAAAUCUUGGUAGUAUAGUAGAAGUCCAAUUUAAACGCAGAAGGGAAUCAAUUGCUGGUGACUUGUGGGUGCAUAUCGCAAUUGUAUAUGGAUAGUGCUUAUAGUGGAUCACGCCUCGUCGUCGUCGAUCGUCAUUCGUCGUCGUCGCACAGUCGCAGCAGUUACAGCAGCAGUAGCAGUAGAAACGGGGUGAAACAUUUCAGACGGAUGAAUAUUGGAUAGUAAUGGCCACGUUUUGAUGGUAGCUCAGCGAGGAUAAUAGAAGCAAAAACAAGAGGAAAUUUUGGAAAAGGAUAGAACGGAGGAACGAAUAAAGAGGAAGUGGCUGCUUGCUGAUCCUUGAGAGCCUUGAAAUUUAUCUCGAGACAGCCCUCUGUCGUCGUCGUCACCGUCGUAGCUGUUUUUGGUCGGCGUUGGCUCGGCGACGAGCUCUUUGUGGAAUAAUACGUGCGAAUUUUAGCGAGAUAGAUAGAAAUAAACAAACAUGAGUGAGGACAGGAGUGACGAAGAUCCUAUAAUGGAUAUAUGGUACACUAAUUGGGAACAACAAUGUGUUGAAGCGAUCGAGGCUGAGCCAGACUAUGAGGGCCAGCUACACACGUCAAAAGAAUUAUACUCGCACCAGAUAUGGACCGGAUUUCAUACCACAGCCUCAGCCAUAGCGCAGCUAUACAAAGAUCGGACACAAGGUGCGUCACUCUGGAUACCUUUCCAAACUGCUGCUGGCACAGUCACGUCUUUAUACAAAGAAUCGAUUGACGGCAUGCGAAAGUGCAGUGAUAUUGGAGUUGAGAUGGGAAGGCAGAAGCGUAGUAAAGAAAUAAUGAACUGGGCACGAAAGAAGCGGCGUACUAUAAGAAGAGAGGAUCUUUUGGCAUAUCUAGCUGGAAAACCACCUCCACCACGACCUCAUUCUCACAGGAGUUCGCCAAAGCCUCGCAUGAUGGUUUGCGGUUCUCCGCCAUCACAGAGCCCUGCACCUAGUAUGGUAGUUACACCAGCACCAGCAUCUGGUAAUGACGCAGACCCAGAACUCCAUACAUUCAGAGAGGCAAUUGCAUUAUCUGGAUCUCCGAUAUCACGCCGUGGUGGAAGACAAACAGAAUUAUCAGCCUUCAUAAGCAGCGAGUUUGCCCGGCAUCACAAACGACCUGCAUCGCAUGAUGUUGAUAUGGGAUCACCAACGCACAAACGUUCACGUUUCAUGUAACGGCGUCGUGCAAAGUAGAUUCGUCCCUGACCCAUCCCACCCCUUAUUCCCUAUUAAUUAAUAAUUAAUUAAUUAUUCAGCCCUCCGACACGGUUCCCGACUAGGCGUAAUUAUUUAAUAAUCAAAUUUUUUCCAAAGAUUUUAUACACAAACCUAUUUACUCCGAUAUCACCUAGUAGCGAAUCGGCAAACUAACAUCUUGUCAGUUUGGCGAUCAGGUUCACCAUCUACUUUAACAAAUAAUAUUUUUAUUUCAUCUUGUUUUUUUCCUGCAAUUUUCUUCUCAUUUCGCUACUUUGAUAAUUUUCCGUUUCUCUCACAAUCGGUUCAACGACCAUUUGAACUUGUAACAUCGAAUCUCUUACUCCUUAUAACAAGCAUUCAUGAGAAGUAUCGAUGGAACGGUAUGCAAGCAGUGGAAUUUGAUUGAAAAUUUUUAAACAAAUUUUCACCAAAAUAUCGUGAAACGUUUGAUGUCUGGAGAACAGUGGCCCAUAACUGUAACAAUGAAUAUUCGUACGUAUAAAUUCUUCAAAUAUCAUGCCUAGAGCGGGUUGGUCAGUGCAGCGGAUGCUAGCAAAUCAUUAUAAUCACGUAUGUUGCCUACGAAUUUCAAACUGUCAAUAACGAUGCAGGAACAACGUGAUUAUGAGUUCAUCUUUGAUAAAAAAACAAACUUUCACUGCGCCCCAUUUUCUAAAUAUUUUAUUAUUUACCGAUAGUAUCUCGACGAGAAUAAUAGCAGCACGUUAUCUAAAUAUACUUUUUCUUGACCUAGAAAAGCUGAAUAUGAAUAUUAUGAUAAUGAAGUCGAUUAUCAUUUGGAUGUAUUUUAUCUACUGUGGUCGCUCCUUUUAAUUUAUAUUGAUUAAUAUUUUUCUUUGCCAUUUAUAAUGAUAUGUCAUAGUUUGCACAAUUUCGUUUACUUGUUAUUAUGAUUACUAUUAUGAUGAUGAUGAUUAUUAUUGUUAUUAUUACUAUUAUAACGAUGUACAAUGUUCAGUGUUAACAUGAUACAUAGGUAUUUGGUACAUUUAAAAUUGAACGUCAAGAAAAGUUAUUAAUUUUCUCGCCGAGUUACUUUUUGUUGACAAUUUUCUGACCUACGCGCGCACACACACCCCUAGGAAGAAGAAAGUUGUUUGGUUGUAAAUAUAGGUUCCAUAUCAUCAUCAUAAUUAUUCUCAUUUU